AUGUCAAAGUCAUCACCAGAUAGCGGAUUUGCCUAUUACGAGGCAUAUUUACAAUCUAUGGAUGACGUAGAUAGUAAUAAAAAUACGAAGCCUCGAAAAAGUACAAGCGAGCAAAAAGUCAAUGAAGAAAGUGCUAAGCAAACAGUGAAAAGUGAAGGGGAAUCUGAUAGUACGCCCAAGCCAUCAUAUCCAGGACUUAAAGGUGCGCAAACCACAGACUCCUCAUUAAGUGAAAUAUCAGCUAGUGAUAUUGUUGGAGAAUAUGAUGAUUCUAUCGAGGAAACAGGGCCAUUAUCAAUAGGUGCUGGUGAAUCAAAGGAUUCAUCUCGAAUAGAAAACGAGCAGUUGGGUAUACCUAGUGGGAAGGUGAAGUCAGCCGACGAUUAUAUGAAUGAUAUAGAAACAAGUCUGGAAGGUUUGAAGAUGAAUGGAAAUAGCUUGGAAGCAUCUGGAUACAAUGAUGAUAUUAAUAGCAUUAGGGCUGGUGACUAUAAAGCAGUGGAUGAUGAGGAAAUGAAGCUUGGUGAAGGUGAAAGUGACGAAAAAGAGUCUAAUAACAAAAGUGCAAAUAGUGAUGCUCUGGACGCGAGUAUUGAUGACGAUAUUGACAAAGAUAUAGUGGAUGAUUAUGGAAAUGAGACUGACAACUAUGAUGCUGUUCAAAUGGAUAAUUCAGAGCAUAGGAACAUUGAUGACACUGCUGAGUCAAAGGUGAAUAAUAAUGUUAAGCCUGAUAGCAUAAUUGAUAACCAUAGUAAUUCAAGCGAGGACGCUUCGAGUGAAGCAGACGGAAGUAGCGGUAAAGAAAGCAACGGGGAAGAAGAUGGGGAUGCAUAUUCAUUUCUUCCAAAUGAUGAUGCCAGUAGUGUUCUUGAUCAUCACCUUUCGAAUACAUCCACGGGAUCUUUAUCAACUGGUGUGAUAUCUAGAUCUGUUACAGAAAAAGAUGAUGCGUUGUCUGAGGCGCCGCUUCCAGAUUCUUCGGACUUUAGAGCCAAAUUUAUCAGGAUGAACACGAUGGAUACUGUACACACUAAAGGAAAAGAUAAAACGGGGACGGUGAUGACUGCAAGCACAGUUAGUACUGCUAUUCCAGAAGAAAAAACUGCGAGUGAGCCGACACAAAUUCCAGAGCCUUUGGCGGUGAAUGUGGAUGCAAAUGGUGACGAUUCAGGUGGGAUUCAUAGUCUCACUGAAGGCACCAAGGAGAAUGAAAACACAAUUGAUUCAAGUAUGUUAGAGCCACUUCCUGAAGGCGAGGAGUACAAUAACGCCAAAAGAUCGUCAACUACGACUGAAGAUACCACGCGAAAUUCUGGUGUUACUUGGGAAUCCAUAGAUACAAAGGCAAGUAGUAAGUUGUCAUCAAAAUCGCUUACAUCAUCAUAUUCCAGCAUGAAAAGCCCGCCGCAGGACUAUAGCGACUGGAAAAUUCCAGAGUUGCCAUCAAUCAGCGUAAGAGCAAUUAUGGCUCUCCCGACAUCGGAGGAAAGGCUUGCUGCAUUCAAAAAAGGAAGAAAUGAUCUCCUGAACUUUGACUCCGGACUUGAAACAUUUCUCCGAGAAACUGUCAAGAUGGGAAAACGACCUGCCAUUAGUAAAGAUGGUCAAAUGGGACCAAAUGUGAAAUCUGCUUACAGCAAUUCUCAGCAUCUGCACCAUCGUUACACAUCUUCAUCAGUUGGAUCGGUUACAUCUGAGUUGGCAAGUGACCUUAUUAGGAGAUCUUCUGUUCUAAAGCAAAAGGGCAAAAACUUCUUCAAAAAGAUGCAUUUGAAGACGGCCAAAUAG